CUAACAAAAGCGCGCGAUCGCUUGAUAAACACGCGCUGCGCGUUAAAAGAUUGAUAACUCUUAAAUCGAGAGUUGACUGAUAGAUCUCGACGGUUAGAGAGAGAUCGCUUCUCCGGCGAAACUGCGCAAACCCUAACUCCGUCAAUGGCGGAUCCGAGCUCCAACACGAAGAAGUACACUCCCCCUGGUCUAAGGAAUCCGUCUGGGGGUAACAAGAAGACAGGAGAUCGUGCAGGUAGCCAGCAGAACAAGGAUGGUGAGAGAAGUCAGACGCAGGCUUCUGGUUCUCAGAUGGAGAAAGCUUCCCCAAAGAUAAUCACUCUUAAGGACUGCGCUACGAGUGAAGCUUAUCAGCUUUUAAGCGAACGCUGGGCAGCUGCAAUGCAUCAGUACAAUGACCCAACCGUGGAUUUAUCUGAACGACCAGUCAUGUACUAUGGAGGGAGUGUUUGGGGUAAAUUACCUCACCAGAUCCUGGCUUCAGCAAACAAUACAUUGCCUCCAAAGAUAACGCCAGCGGAUUACAGAGCUGAACUGCGCCGAGGAUUGCUGACUCCAAGAAGUUCUAGCAACUGAAGGGUCUUUAGACUAGUGAUAUGGUGUUUGGUACUUGUUGAGAUGGCACAAGCGAUGAUGUGUCAGUGACGUUUUUCAUUUUUCUGGUAGGAUAAAAAUGAUUUCUUUCUGGCUCGAGUCGUUUCCUCUGGUCCCUAAAAAUGUAAAAACCCAAACCAGAAGGUUUUGACUAACAAUGACGUUAACAAUUUGCAUAAUUUGUCUGCAAAUGAAUCGCUCUUUAAUCUGUCUUAUGAAAUUUGGUAUUGAGA